AUGACAUGGUCCAAAGUGAGCGAACAACGAUUUGAACGUCCACUUGGCGAGAAUGAGACAUUUAUCAAGAUAGUUGGUGAUGCCGCUCGUCCGUUCAAUCGUGAGCACUGGGCUAUUAACAUCAUUGCCUCGGUGACCCCGCUCGGCUCACUCGCCAAAGAAGAUCUAUCCUUUCGCUUCUGUGAGGCAUGGAAAGCUUUGCGCUUCAGUCACCCCACGAUCGCCGCCUAUAUUGUAGAUGAAACGAAAUAUGUCUACGAUAUACCUGACCUCAUGGCGCUCGAGAGAUGGGCGGCGGAAACCUUUCAGGUGAUUGAGGACAAAACGGUCGAUGAAGUUAUCGCAUCUACCACACGCGUUCCAUAUGCUACUAUGACCUUUUUCCCCAAGACAGGUGAGGUAUUGGGCCGCUCGCAACACUGGAGAACGGAUGGGAUCGGAGGCUUGAUUCUAAUGGACGACCUCCUUGACCUGGCCGCGCAGUCCGCUAUAGAUGCUUCCUCCCUGCCAUGGGGUGAAGAGACUGACCGCUUAGCCCCGUGUGUCGAGGAAGCGUUAUCCACUUUUGUGACGUCGGAGAGCCAAGAUAAGCAACUAGGUCAACAGUGUGUUGCAAGUUUCGGCCAUGCCGCUGGGGCCAUCGGAGUCACCUGUCGCGCACCAGACGAGACUUCCCCAGGUGGUACGUGCAUCAGCCGUCUGCAUCUCAGUGAGGAAGAGACGAAGGCCGUAGUACAAGGCUGCAAGGCUCGGAAGCUCUCAGUAACAGCAGCAGUACAUGCGUCAAUUGCCGGAGCCAACUAUGCGCUUGCUACUGCUGACGACCAGAACAAACACUAUACAAGUACGAUACGUUACAGUCUGCGCCCGUUCCUACCAGAGCCGUACUCUGGUCGCCAGUAUGCAAGCACGAUCUUCACGACAGGUUGGAUGUUCCCUGUUUCGUCCGAGUCAUCAUGGAUAGACCGAGCAAAGGCGUAUCAUGACGAGUACCGCAAAGGUCUAAGUCAUGCAUACCUUUCGGCGCAUCGUGAGUACGCUAUUGGGCUAUGCAAUCUUCUUCGCAACUUGCCGAAGAACGCCCCUUCGCCAACCAAUGUGGAUAUCAGUAGCCUCGGCGUAUGCGAGAAGCUUUUGGCGAGACAAAAGGGAACUGCAGAGCGGGGAAUCCGCGUCGACCGAGUCUCAGGCGGCUUAGAUAUGAUCGAUAGACAGUCUGUGUGUCAUGUGUGGACCUUUCGAGACCAACUUUGUUUGAAUUUGGUAUAUAAUGAGGCCUUUUAUGAUAGGGCGGAGGGUGAUUCCUUUGUGCAGAUUGUUAAAAACUCUCUGCUGCAUGAAUUGAGGUAG